AUGGCACCCUCCGUCGGUGGUCCUCAAGGCUACACCCCACCCGAGGGUGGCUGGGGCUGGAUGGUGGUGGUCGGGGCCUUCAUCUCUAUUGGCUUCUCCUACGCGUUCCCCAAGUCCAUCACUGUCUUCUUCAAAGAGAUUGAGGCGAUCUUCGAUGUGACCAGCAGCCAGGUGUCCUGGAUCUCUUCCAUCAUGUUAGCAUGCAUGUACGGCGGAGGUCCAAUCAGCAGCAUCCUGGUUAAUAAAUAUGGGAGUCGCCCUGUUAUGAUAGCGGGAGGAUGUCUGUCUGGAUCCGGCCUCAUUGCUGCCUCUUUCUGCAAUUCUGUUCAAGCACUGUACCUCUGUAUUGGUGUGGUGGGAGGUUUGGGAUUGGCCUUCAACCUGAACCCCGCCCUCACGAUGAUUGGAAAGUACUUCUACCAUAAGCGGCCCAUCGCUAAUGGGAUCGCGAUGGCGGGAAGCCCCGUCUUUCUGUCCACCAUGGCUCCUCUAAACACCUGGCUUUUUGACAAGUUCGGCUGGAGGGGAAGUUUCUUGAUCCUGGGCGGUCUUCUCUUCAAUUGCUGUGUCGCUGGUUCCCUCAUGCGUCCCAUUGGACCAAAACCCAAACCCGCCGAGAAGAGCACAGAGAAGAAGACUGUAGUGCAGACCGUUGACAGCUUCAUCGACCUCUCUCUGUUCAAGCACCGCGGCUUUUUGCUCUAUAUUAUGGGCAAUAUCAUCAUGUUUUUCGGUCUCUUUGCACCGUUGGUGUUCCUCAGUAAUUAUGCAAAGAGUAAAGACAUUCCUAAAGACAAGGCAGCUUUCCUUCUGUCUGUGCUGGCUUUUGUGGACAUGGUCGCCCGGCCCUCAAUGGGCAUUGUGGCCAACACCAAAUGGGUCCGGCCCAGAAUACAGUACUUCUUCGCCGCCUCGGUGCUGUACAACGGCGUUUGCCACGUUCUGGCACCGCUAUCGGUAGACUACAAAGGCUUCGUGAUCUACGCCAUGUUCUUUGGGUUUGCUUUCGGCUGGCUGAGCUCAGUGCUGUUCGAGACCUUGAUGGACCUGGUGGGAACCGAGCGCUUCUCCAGCGCCGUUGGGCUGGUCACCAUUCUCGAGUGUGGUCCUGUAUUGUUAGGACCCCCUUUGCUCGGGAAGUUCAAAGACGUGUAUCACGAUUAUAAGUACACAUACCAGGGCUGCGGCAUCGUCCUCAUCGUCUCCAGUUUCAUCCUGUUUGUGGGGAUGGGACUCAACUAUCACCUGCUGGCCAAAGAGAAAAAAGAGGAGGAGAGGAGACCCAGGGUGGGAAGUACAGAACAAAAGUCCAACGGGGACGUCGCUACCAAGGAGAUAGCAGAGGCGAAGAACACAGAAGACACUGUCUGA